AUCCUCAAAGGACUCAGAAGCAACAUUUGAGUCACAACAAAUAGCAAAGCUAAUUAAGCUCUGUCAAAGUCUCCCAUUAACAUUCAUUUGUGCUCUUUUUAAGCUUUGCUAAAAUGAAUUAUUCUACAUUUGGCUUCAUCUUAGUCCUUCUUCUUGCUCUCUCUUUCCAAACAACACUAGGGGAAUCAAGAACAAGAGACAGCAACACGAUAAAGUGCGAGGAUUUGGAGAAAAGCAAGUGUGCAUUUGCAGUAUCAUGGUUGGGAAAAAGAUGUGUGCUUGAAAAGUCAGUGAAACGUAGCGGAGAAGAAGCAUUCACAUGUCGGACGUCGGAGAUCGAGGCCGACCGAUUACAGAAUAUCGUCGAAACAGAGGAGUGUGUCGAAGGUUGUGGCCUUGACAGGAACACCCUCGGCAUCUCCUCCGACUCCCUUCUAGACACUUGCUUCACUCGCAACCUCUGUUCCUCUCGUUGUUACAACCAUUGUGCCAAUGUUGUCGACCUCUUCUUUAACUUGGCCGCCGGUGAAGGUGUUUUUCUUCCAAAGUUGUGUGAAGUUCAAGGAGGAAAUGUGAGAAGAGGAAUGUCGGAGAUUAAAAGCUCGGGGAUUGUUGCACCAGGACCAAUUCAACCGGUCUCUUUGUCAAUUGCACCGGCAGUUGCACCAGGGCCGAUUCAGCCGAUCUCUUUAUCAGUUGCUCCAGCAGUAGCUCCGACAAUGAAUGGUGUUUGAUCAUCUUUACAUGAAGGGAAAAGAAAAAGAAAGACUAUGAUAUUAGAUAGUUUAUAUAUAGAAAACAUAAGUUUCAAUAUUAUAUAGUUUUAGAUUGUGUGAUAGAGUUGCUUAAAAAAAAAGAUUGUGUGAUAGGGUGUGGAUGCAUGGAAGAAGGCUAAAGAGCUUGUGUGUAUAUGCCUUUUGGUCGGCGGCCUUUCCAUUUCUUAUACUAUUGUAAUGGGAUUUAGAUAUACUACGAAAUAAAAAUAAUAGUGUUUAUAUUGUUGGUGAGAAA